GAGGUUGCCACAGCUGUUACAUUUUUGGCCAUAAACAGCUUCUUCUGAAAUGAUUUGCCAUUGCCUUCCUUUCUCCUUUAUUUUUACACUGGGAGGUUCCUGAAUCUUCCUUUCUCCUUGCUGCUGCCUUCUUGGCCAAACAGCUUCCCAACAGAGUCCAGUGGGGAAAUCGCUUGCUCAGAAUGUGGUAACUAGCUGUGCAAUUAGUAAUGAUGGAGUUGAUUGUGCUAGCUCUUCACCAUUAAUCACAAGGCUGGGUACUUUGUUCUGAUGCCAAAACAAGCCAGUUCCCCAGCAGGGCUCUGCUGGGAUGCUGUUUUGCUGGGAAGGCAGCUGUAAUGGCAGAGCUGAGCAGAAAGAGAGGUAAUGGCAACAAUAAUGGUGCUGAUUCACAUUUAGGGUUUGGACAGCAAUGUGGUACAUAUUGUGCUAAUGGGGUGGAUCCAGGGCAGUUUCAGGGCUGGAUAGUAUGAAUUGCAGAUGGAUCAUUUUGAUGGUAUAGAUAAGAAUCUGCAUCUAAGUCACCCAGUGAAUCUCAUGCCUGUUUUCUGGUUAAAGAUGUAUCAUCAUAUUGUUUAUUCCAGAUUAUAAAUUUUGCCUUUUUGUAAAUUUCUUCAUAUGCACUGGUUAACCUUUUCUGUCUGCAAUUUAAAUUAAUUCUAGAUAUGAACAAUGAGGCAAAUGGCUUUAGUCUUUAAAACCCUUAAACAAUGUUAUUAGGUAGAUAUUAAGCUUUAAGUCAGGGGUGUCCAAACUUUUUAAGACGAGGGCCAGUUCACAGUCCUUCAGCCUGUUGGGGGCGGGGGCAGACUAUAGUUUAAAAAAAAACAUAAAACGCAUUCCUGUGCACACUGCAGUGCAAAACAGUGCAAAACAAAUGAAAGAACGAUACAAUAUGUAAAAUGAAGAACAAUUUUAACCAACGUAAAUGUACCAGUCUUUUAAUGGGAAGUGUGGACUUGCUUUUGGCUGAUGAGAUAGUAAAGUUAAUUAGGAUUGUUGUUGUUUUGUGCCUUGAAAUCAUUUUAAACAGUGUCAUAUGCUUCCUGAAUAUGGUGGAAAAUCCUUCUCUACAAGUUUUUCAGCAGAGGUGGCAUGGUCAUCUGUUGGGAGGGCUUUGAUAGUGGUGUUUGUGUGUGUGUGUGUGUGUGGGGGGGGGGUUAUACUUGCCGCCUGGCUCUUCUCUUUACUUCCCAAGGGAGGAGCUGCAGCAAAAGGCAGCCUUUUUGGAAAACGUGGGGUGAUGAUGACACAGGACAAAGAUGGGGCGGAGAAGGAAGGAAGUCCACCUCUACCAGGGCCCUGAUCUCCAAGAUGGAAGGAACAAAGAGAGAAAGGAGGUCAAGAAAGGGAGGAAUGGAGGGAAGCCUGGAUAGAGAGGGCUGCACUUUGGACAUGCUUUAAGAGUAAAAAUAGAGGUGAUGUUUCUCCUGUGCAUAUGAAUCCCAUUUCGCAAUCCCAGUUUGUGCCUUUGGAAGAAGUCUUGUGCUGUGCUAUAUCUGAUAUGAAUGCAGCUCAUAUUACUGUUACACAGGACACUUUACUGGAUCAGUUGGGGAAACAUUAUCCAGGAAUUGCAGCUCCCACCCACGACAUUCUAUACAGUACGCUUGGAAUGCUGAUUAAAGAACGGAAGAUAUAUCACACCGGGGAAGGCUACUUCAUAGUGACCCCAAAUACCUAUUUCAUCUCUCACAAUUCCAUGAAAGGCAACAAGAAGGCCCUGUUAGAAGACUGCUGCCCUCAAGAACCUUCUGUCACAUACCUUGUAAGCAUGGAGGCUCGAGAGACCGUGCAACAUAAUUUGCCUGUUACGUCUCACUGCAGAUCCUGUCAUUGUUUCUCUGAGCAUACUGCAAGGAAUGAACUGAGGUCUCAACAGCCAAUGAGCCAGGAAACUAAGGAAAGGGUCCAAAAAGGAUCUGUUGAACCCAGAUUUACAGCUCAAAAUUCAGCCUCUGAUACACCUGGUGGCAACCAUUCCUGCACAGCUGCUCACCCUGUCCAGUCAAUGAAAGAAAAAGAGAAAGUGAAAAAGUUCAGUUUUAGCCUUUUCUGGCGCAGCAACUCUAAGAAAGAAAAAUCUAAAAAAAACCACUCUUCGUUUUCUGCACAGUUUCCUCCUGAAGAAUGGCCAGUCCGGGAUGAAGAUAAUUUGGAUAACAUCCCACGUGAUGUUGAACAUGAAAUUAUCAAGCGUAUUAAUCCUGUAUUGACAGUGAACAACUUAACUAAGCACACUGUUUUGAUGCAGAAAAUAGAGGAGCAGAAAAAAUAUGUCAGUAAAGGAACCUCUACGGAAAUGUUGACGAUGAAGCACAAACAUCUUUCCAGACGAGGCACACGGAAAAAGCAAAGUAAAGCUGCAAAGCAUCACAGGAAAAACCAAUCCAACAAAGAAAAACAAAAUGGCAUGACACAGAAAGACUUUAAAACUGAUGAAGUAACAACAGCAAAUGUCCAAAUAGAUAACGCUGUUGAACUUCCAUUCUCCUGUAUUACAAUGGAAGCUUGCAAUAAACAGUUAUCUAGAAAUUCAACAGAAAUCAACCCCCAUUUCAUAUACAAAAAAGAAAUUGAUAACCCAUUUCAAAAUAUUCCUUAUAGAAGGAGUAAGUCAACAAAAGAACACAAAAGGCAAAAAAAUGGUUCUUUAAAGCCCAGAACAUCUAGAUUGGAAAGUUUUCAAAGAAAUGUGAAUUCCUCAAGAGUUAGGGAUUCUAAAACCAAACAGUCAUUCACAGUCAAAUGUGAUGUUAAUUAUGAAAAGAAGAAAAAACUGCAUUACUCACUAGACCAGGGUUCAGAACAAGAUGGCAAAAACAGAUAUUUGAGGGAGAGUGCAACCUGCAAACAUGGAGGAGUGAACCCAAAAAGUGUGGCACAAAUCCAGGUAGCUUCUCACACUUACACUGCACCCAUGGAUGAAGGAGCAGAAAAGACAUGCUCACAAAAUUCCAGUCAAACUCAUCUAUGUGAUCAACCUGGUGCAUAUGGUUUACAAGAUCAACAUUUUGAUCACUUACAAAAUGCCUGUUUCCCCAGCGAUACAGAUGACGUGCACCCAUUUGAACAAUCUGAAGAUAUUGUUGCUCAUAGAGAAGGGAAUGAUUUAAAGAAUGAACUGAAAUCUGAUGACAUGAGCAAAUGGCUGGAGUCCAUUAACCAACAAUAUAAGGGAUUAACUUAUGAUGUGGAAACUGCAUGCCAAAAAGUUAACACUGGUGAUGUUGGCUGCAGUUCUUUAUAUCACAGUGAUGAACACGAGCAACAUACGGAAUUGUCCAAGUUACAAUCCAGCCAACUCCCAUUUAGUUCUUUAAAUAAAGGAAUAUGGGACAACAUAGAACAGGAAUUGGGUAUUGAAGAAUACAGAACUGGAAUGGACAAGGUUAAUAUGUCUGAGCAUGAUGAAAAUGAAUUUAACAAUCUUCCUAGAUCAAAGGGUAUCUUAAAGGAAUAUCUGAGCUUAACUCUUGACGGACAAAGUUGUAUUUGCCAACAAAUACCUCCCUUUGCUUUCAAAAAGAAUGAAGAAAGAGAUAAAGCUUAUGAUUAUGGACAGAUGUCUGGUAUUGUUGAACCUCGUGUGUUUGACUUCUACGAUGUCCAUGAGGCAGAGACCAGAAUUUGGCAGAAAUCAUUGAAUGAGAUAGGUGGGAAAUUAGCAUCUCUGACGCUGCCACUGAAAGGCUGGGAAAUUAAGUCAAAGUCUUCGGGAAAGGAACGAUCAUUUGACGACACUAAUGAUGAUGGAGUUCUUGAUCAGAGGGUGCAGCAUAAGCAAAACCACUUGGAAGGGAUUGGAAACCACAGCAUAACAGGAGAUAGUGGAAUAGAUUCUCCCAGAACUCAAAGUAUGGCAUUGGCUAGUUCUGCCAUCUUGGAUGGACUGAAGAAAAGAAGAAGCUUUCUCCUGAAUAUGGAAGGCUUAGAGAAGACUAUACAGAAUGGAAAGACUCUUACUUGCAGUUCCUUGCUUCAGUUGACUCCAGUUAUGAAUGUUUAAUUUUUUUCCUAUCACAUUUUUUUUGUAAAUAUGUCAGUGUAUUUACUGUAAAUGUCAUAAGCUAUCAAAUAUGUUAAAGUAGAUUAAGGUAACUAUAGUCCCCUUUUACUAUGUAUGGAAGCUUUUUAAUAAACCUUUGCCUGUGUCUUUUUAUAACCAUAUUUUCUUUGUUAUAAUACUUAUACAGGAAAACAAUGGAAUAAAGUUGCAGUAUGUUAUAUUUGCUUUUAGUGGACA